AUGAAGGUGUUCAGUAUGAAACCGAAAGUGCGUGACCACUACCACUCGCACCGACUGUCCUUUUGGCUGCAACUCAUACCACACCUCCACAAACCGGGCGAUGAGGACGUCUACCUGAGGCACCACCUCCUCCAGGACCACGAAAACCCCCAGACCUACGACGGGGUCGUCCGACAAAUAGCCUUCAAAUUCCUGCAACCCUUACCCACAGGAGGCCCGGGAGGUCCGUACGGGACGCCAUACCCGCCCCCGAAACGUAUCCGCCCGACACUUACCUCCCUAUUGAACAACAAGAAUAUUCUGGUCGACGAUAAUCCCAACGAUUCGGUGGGCGGUGUGUCUGUGAUCGACGAUAGCCUACACCCCAGUGAUAGUACGGGUGCCAAGAACUCCACGGCCACCGCCCUGUCCACCAACGGAACAGACAGUACGGGUUACGCGACCGCACUGUCCGUUACGAUAGCCAUCGGGUGCUCGCUAUUGAUACUAAAUAUGUUGAUAUUCGCGGGGGUUUACUACCAGUUGGACAGGAAUGCCGCUAAGAAUAGGGACAGGGAUGCCAUGGAAGUGGCGGAUAAUAACCGGGCGAUUAGUAUAGCGUCGGCCGGACAUAACCAUCUGUUACACCACUCGCACCGUACGGAUGACGGAUCACAUCCGGAGGAGUCGACACUAAUGCUCAAGAAGUCGGCACAACAUCGCAGUAGUAGUGGACAGUCGGCCCACCCGUCGCCCAUCACUACGCUAUUCAACGCAUACGCCAACGACUCCAUAGCCUAUCAGUCCAUACAAAACAACACAAAUAGUCUGCGGCGACAGAGCGGACAGGGAGGUGGGGGUCAUGUGGUGGCCACGUAUGGCAAGUUGGCUACCGUUCCCGAACAGACAGCCGGUUCAGUGCCUUUGCACGAGUGCUCAAUAGAUUACAAUUGUAUGACAACUGGUGGUGAUGGCAGUCAAUACAUACCGGCCCCUCAGCACCAGCACCAGGAGCUCGAGCUCAACAACAUUACACCCAAUAGUCGUAUGGAUAGACAUAUUAAUAACCAGAUUAAGAUUUAAGCUAAUAAAUUAC